UAAUGUCUAUUUCGGCUUGCCUUCUAAAUUUAAGUUUGCUAGCUAGUUAGCCAUGUUGCUGCUGGAGGUAUUUGUUGCUAAAGAGCCUAGAGGAUGAAGCCACACACCCUAACAUGUUGUUCUAUCGUCUUGCUAUAGCUCCCCCACUUCCUCUCUCCUCUUUGCGACUAUUGGUUUCUCCGCUGCGGCUGAUGUAUUCGUUUGUAUGGCAUGUGGUGAAUCAACGCAAUGUGAUGCACUAUGGGAAGGUCGAGGAGUUUGUAACUGUGGUGACUGAAGCAGUUCCAAAGUUGCUGAGUUACAAACAGAGGGCUCAACUCAUCCUGGGCCUGAGAGCAAGGAUGAUCUUGGAGUUGUUCCGCAAGGACCCACCCAACCUUCAGGACAUCCAACGUCUCCUGGAAAAGAUGAACAUCUUGGGGCAGCCAGAUGCAGAAGUGGAGGAGUCACAGGCUAACUUCGUGGCGCUGGUCCAAACCCUGCUGAAAAACCCUUAUGAGAGGAAGCACUUCUUCCAGGAGGAGUUCCAUACACAGUAUGGCUCCAAGUAUGACACAGCACUGCAGGCCCUUGUGGGAGGCUUGGUCCUCAGACUGGAACGACUGCUAUCUGUGCCAGAUCUCUCCCAGAUAGCGUCCAUUAUCAGUGCUGCCCCCUCUGACCUGGAGGAGUGUGGAAAGUCUGUGUCUGACCCUGAGCACCUGAAGAUUCUCCUCCAGCACCAGAACCUGCUAAAUAAGAUUCAGUUUGUACCUGUCACGUCUUCUGUAGGGGACUGUGUGCUGUCCUCGCUGUCCUUCCGCUUAACCUGUGGAAUGCAGUCCAUGCAGACAGAUUUUGACGAGCCAGCGGAAUCAUUAGAAGCCGCUCUAAGCAUCAUGAACCCUGCCUCUUUCAGGGACUUGGAGGAUCUGGGAAUGAUGUCAGAUGAAUCGGACCACACUGGAGCAGUAACUACUGUGGAGAGAGAAGAGCACAAUUCCAGAGAUAACGCAUGUGGGGCGAAGAAUUCAGUACUCCACAGUGAAAAAGACAAUGCACUGUCAAAGAACGACAUAGUCUCACCUACUCCUGAAAGUAUAAGCAGGCCAGUGGGGGGGGCACCAACAGUAGAGAGCAUGCUGCCGACAGAGAGCGACAAAGAGCUUGUAACACUGAUGAAUACUUUCAUCACCGAAGACUCUCCUUCACAUAUUGUCAUCCCUCAAACGGUCACCAAUGGGAACCAACCAGAUAACCAGCCGGUCAAGCUAGCGAGUGUCCACCAGUGGGUCUCCCACAUUGCAAGUAACACUAUCUCGCUCCCUUCCUUGCCACCCCUUCCACAAAACGAUGAAGACAAGGAGAUCCGGUCAGGUGACACGUGUCUUGGAAGCAGUGUGGAAAUUGGGGGUCAGGAAGCAGAAGCCAAUCACUUUGAGAGGGCUGUUAUCCGAAGGAGACGGCCACCCAAGCCACAAAGAAUAACUGUACCCUCGAAGAGGAAAAUCCCUGAGGCAACCAUAAUUUGCCAGGAGUGUGGGAAGAGUUUUGUCUAUCCGUCUCAGCUGGAAAAUCACCUACGCAUUCACACAGGAGAGAAACCUUUCAAGUGCACGGAGUGUGGCAGGGCCUUCAGGUCCUUAGGAUACAUGACCACUCAUAUGAAAAAUCACUCUGAAGCGCGACCAUUUAAGUGUGAUGAGUGUGACAAGGGUUUUCGGAAAAAGGCUGACCUGAAGAAGCAUCAGCUCAUCCACAUGGGUGCAAAACCACACAAAUGCACCAUCUGCGGAAAGGGCUUCAGCCAAGCAUUUUAUUGCAGAAUACACAUCCAGUCUCAUGCAAGUGAAAAUAACUUUCCCUGCACUCAUUGUCAGAAGAGAUUCCCAACUCAAUACAAGCUGUCUGUCCACGAGCGCUGGCACACCAUGGAGCGCCCAUUCAUCUGUGAGCAGUGUGGGAUGCGCUUCUUUCAUCCUAGUGGGCUGAAGAGGCACAUGGGCUAUCACAUUGGGAACCGCCCGUUCCUCUGUGCCCAGUGUGGAAAGACUUUUGUUUAUGAGUUUGACCUGAAGAAACACCAAAGGGACCAUGGCCCCAAGCCCAAGAUCCCAUGCCCUGUCUGCCAGAAGGUGUUUGGCAGCAACGGACUCAUUAAGGCCCACAUGUUUACGCACACCUCUGUAAAACCUUACAGAUGUGACAUAUGCGACAAGACCUUUAAACAGAGCAGCAGCUUGAGCAGUCACAAACGUCUGCACACGGGCGAACGCCCUUACCACUGCGACAUGUGUGGGAAGACGUACAAGCUGAAUCAGCACCUGAAGGAGCACAUAAUUAUCCACCACACGGCGGAGGGGCACCCCUGUGACCAGUGUGGAAAGGUCUUCAAGUUACCACGUCUUCUGAAGGCGCAUGAGCGGUUGCACUCAGGAGAGCGAUCUGAGCAGACAAGGAAAUACAGUCACACCAGCCGUCGCAGGAGAAAUUCCUCCAAAAUGAGUUGAUUUACUGCACAGUGGCUGCCUUCCACACUGUCGGGGAUGCUAUUUUUAAUGUCCUGACAAAUUGCCAAUAGCUGUAAUAAUAUUUCUCAUUUUUUGUUGUAGACUUUAGAUUUUUGACCAUUUUGGACCAUAAUUCAGGAUUCCCUAAAUAGACUGAACACUGAAAAAUAAUAUAAUGUCUGGCUUAAUUAAUGCAGCAACAAACAUAUCUCCUGUUAGAUAACAAUGAAUGAUUGUGUCAUUAAAACAUAUUUGUUUGUGAUGAUUUUUUUUUGGAUAGGUUGAAAUUCCAAUGACAUAAGAUGUACAUUGACAGCCACUCACGUAUUUCUCUUUUUGAGAGUAGUCAAUGAUUGCCGGAAGCCUUUACAAAAAAUAUGCACAUUUGAUGUUGGAUAAAGGCAAAUAAAGUCACAAUUGUGUGCCACUA